AUGUCAGGACUCUGCGUCUCCUGGCGAAAAGGUUCCAAUGACUCCACGUUCACCUGCAUGGUCAGCAAUUCUGAAGAUCAAAAGGAAGCCUCAGUUGACAUGCUCGAAAUCUGCACAAGUGAUAGAAGAAACACUGAAAGCUCGAUUCAUUCCCAGAGAGAACCGGCCAUGAAAGUCACUCACAGAAGCUUGCUAAUCCUUCUUGACUUCCAUCUGUUGAUCUUCUCUGCCUUUGGCACUUUAAGUCAAGCAGCAGAGAAUCCAACCCAUCGGGAGAAGAGAGUCCAGGGAGGAAGAGUGGACGUCAUUCAUCCCAGAAAUGAGCCAGUGCCAGCACCUCAGAUACUCCCCCAAAACAUCUCCAAGACUCCAGAAGGCUGCAAUGUGACCCUGCAGUGCAUUGCAUCCACAGAAGAAAAGUUUGUUAUCUCCUGGGGAAAAGGGAAUCCCCCAAGGACCUUAGGGGGAGGUUCAGGUGAAUACCAGCUUUCCCACAAUGGUAGGGAUCUCCAUGUCUCCUGGCGAAAAGGUUCCAAUGACUCCACGUUCACCUGCAGGGUCAGCAGUUCUUCAGAUCAAAAGGAAGCUUCAGUUGACAUUCUCAAAAUCUGCACAAGUGAUAGAGGUGGCCUUGGACAAAUUAUACGUUGGGAGUUCAUGUUAAUUCUUCUUCUCCCCGUUGUUGCCUGUUUAUUGGUGGUCACAAUAAUCAUAGUGAAGAAAAGAAAAUCCAGGAAAAGAGAGAGAGAUGGUGCCACCUAUGUUGAUCCCCAGGUUGACUGGAACAGAGAGGGCUGUUCAGUGAGGCCAUCCUGUGAACCCAGAGAACGAGGCCUUGUGUGUUGUCCCCUAGACAACGGUUUCGGCAGGAAUCGCGAGGAUCGUUGGGACUAUGGGAUGCACUGGUCGUUCGGGGAUGAAGGGGGCCCUGAGUUAUGCUGCUGCUUUGGGGUUCGAAUGGGUCCCUAGCGGAACCUCCAAGCGUCCCUAUUUUCCAGCAACAGUCCUGGAUUUACAGAAGCCAUCCCAGUUUCUGAUUUGAUCAGAAUGUGCUGCUUUUCCAUAGGAUGUCCCUAUUUUCAUCAGAGAAAUGUUGGAGGGUAUGGAGUUAUGUGACUCCUGAGGCAAGGAGAUAAGUAACUGUGCAGCCUCUAGAAGACAUCUGAAGGCAGCCCUGCAUAGAG